GUGUUGCUGCUUCACUUCUUUCUGGAGGUCGAACUGCUCAUUUCCGAUUUAAAAUACCUAUUGAUGUUGAUGGAAAUUUUAGUUGCAGUAUUAGUAAACAAAGUUCACUGGCAUCAUUGAUUCGAGAUGUGAAACUAAUAGUAUGGGACGAAAUUUCAAUAGCGAAAAAGGAAAUGAUUGAAGCACUAGAUUUGCUCCUUAGAGAUUUAAUGGAAACAACAAUGCUGUUCGGCGGAAAGGUUGUUGUAUUCAAUGGCGAUUUUAGACAAACUCUUCCCGUUGUGCGUGCUGGACAAAGGAAAGAUUUUGCUCGUGAAAGCUUACUAUGUUCUGAAAUUUGGCAUCGACUUGAAAAAUUAUAA